GAGCUAAUGAGAGAUGAACAGAGUGAUCGCCCGUAACGAGCUGCGCUGAGCUCCGCUACUGCCUGCAGCGCCCUCUCCGCGCCUCUGACCAGGCGAGACCGUCUCCACGUCUGUCCUCCGGCUUCCUCCAGCACCGAGGUGUUCGGCGUCCUGCAAGAACAAGUCACGUGAUCGGACAGCAGGAGAGCAUUACAGCGGAUCUCGUCAUUGCCGCAGUUUGUUUUCCUGAAGAGAUUUUGUAAACAUCGGGUGAUAAGAGGCGACGACAACCUGAGGACAACCGUCAGCAGAGGUUGAGAACAUUCGCAAGGCAUCGGGUGUGGACAGGUGUCUAGUGUCCACAUUGACAGGAGUUUAUGGGGCGACCUGAGCACGUGACCUUUUACUCGACAGGCCACGUCAUGGGCUUCAAAGAGCUGCGGCGACAUUCCAGCCUCGUUAACAUCCUUUGUUUUCUCGCUGCCAUAAUGGCAUCAGCUGUCUUCAAGCUCAGAGUUAUCCCUCCUGUUCGCCGCGGCUUCUUCUGUGACGACACGAGCAUCAGGUAUCCUCUGCGGCCAGAGACCAUCAACAACCUCACCCUGUGUGUGUCCUGCCUGGGACCCGCUGUCCUGCUGAUACUCGCCUUGGAAAUCUCGUAUGGAUGCAUCAGUUCACGUCACGCGGAGCGAGACCUCGCGAGAUACAAGCGAGCGUGGCACAGAGUGCAGUGCGGUCUUGGCAAAUGUCUGCUGGUGCUGGCCUGCUGGGUCUACGGCAACUCUCUCAACGUGUUCAUUACCGAGGUCUUCAAGUUGAGCUUCGGGGCCUUCGACCCAACUUCUUGGCGGGCUGUCAACCGGAAGUGGACCUGACGUCCAUGGAGAACUGCUCAAUGCAUUACAUCGAGAAUGUCCGGUGUACAAACCCAGACACCGCGCUGGUGGAAGAACUGAGAAAAUCUUUUGUCUCUGGUCACGCGACGACUGCAUCAUUCAACAUGGUUUCAUCAUGCUCUACCUCCAGCUGCGACUGCCGGUGUCCUCGCCACGGUUGGCCAAGUAUUUGUUCCAGACCAUGGCAUUGGCCUGGCUCAUCUUCAUUGUUGCUUCCCGUGUCCGUGACAACUACCAUCAUUCCUCUGACAUCGUGUGGGGCUGCAUCCAAGGCUCAGUCUUCGCGUGUGUCACGUUGUACAAAAUCUGUCCGAGGUUUGCUCGAUGCCCUCUCCAGUGCAGUCACGACAUCCUGCCAACAACUGCGAUGACGAAACACCCGGUCACCACCACGUCAUCCACCAUCUCCAAGACGUAACAACAGCUUCUACCCAGGCGGCAAGGUAUCUCCACACUGGUGUAGGCAGAUGACAGUUUUUCUGAAUGGAUCCGUGUACCUGUGCACAACUAGAACACACACCUGUUUGUAAAGGACGAGAGCUCACCGAGCUCCAGCACUCAGUGGAGGAGGAGACAAGAUGUCAGCAGCGCAGUUAUUCACUCCUCUCUUCUGUAUUCCAAUAGGACAUAGGUCUUUCCUACCAGGAAAUAGCAGAUUUGGUUAAACGAAAAAAAAAAAAAUCUUUGUACUUCGUUAACUUGAUAAGUUUCUAAUUAAUCACUUCUUGUACAAAGUUCUUUUCGACACCUGUCGGCCAACAGGUAGAACAUCGGACUCUACUCCUGUCUGUCGCUCCCCCGUGAAAACUCUUCCAGCGGCUGUAGAAAACACAACACGAGUUGUGACGUGAAAUAGACGAAGAGUGUGAAGUGAAAUGUUCGCCAAUGUGAAGUGAACUGGACGGACACUGUGACGUGCAAUGGACGCGUCACGUGACGUAUGAUCACGUCGCGCGCUGGACGCCGCUCGUGGUCAACAACAGGAACAUUCGUGGCGGCUGGAACGUACGCGUAAUAUAUUCCUCACCUGGAACACCUGAGACUGUACAAAUAACUAUUUAACUAACCCACUGCACGACACCCGACACGUAGUGAAUGUCGUAUACACAGUAAUUAAAUAUAUUAGCUCUGUGUUCUCCUUGUAGUCUGUUGUCGAGACUGACAUUGAUGUUCAGUCAUCACUGGUGAUUGUUUAUUUUUAUACAGCAUUUUGUCUUUUCCGGAAUAAAAUAUAUUGAUCUUAACAA